UCUACGCAAGCCUCAAAGUAAAAGUGGGACACACGGAAGUUCACUGGGACAGGACCAGUCACCAGCUUUGCCCUCUGACCACCCAGCACCAUGGCACCAGCAAAUAAAAAUAAGAAUAAAGUCUAUGUCAUCGGAGUUGGGAUGACAAAGUUUGACAAACCUGGAGCAAGAGAUGAUUAUGACUACCCUGACAUGGCCAAAGAAGCUGGUCAAAAGGCAUUGGCUGAUGCAAAGGUCCCAUAUUCUGCUAUUGAGCAAGCGUGUGUUGGAUAUGUCUAUGGAGACUCCACGUGUGGGCAGAGGGCUCUUUACCACAGUCUUGGUUUAACCGGGAUUCCCAUCAUCAAUGUGAACAAUAACUGCUCCACUGGCUCCACUGCUCUGUUCAUGGCCCGGCAACUUGUUCUGGGAGGACUAGCUGACUGUGUACUUGCCCUUGGAUUUGAAAAAAUGGAGAGAGGUUCUCUUUCUGCAAAGUAUAUGGACAGGACAAAUCCAAUGGACAAACACAUGGAGGUAAUGAUUAAUCGUUAUGGCAUAGCAGCAGCUCCGGCAGCUCCUCAGAUGUUUGGCAAUGCUGGCAGAGAACACAUGGAGAAAUAUGGGACAAAACCUGAACAUUUUGCCAAAAUAGCCUGGAAGAACCACAAGCAUUCUACCAACAACCCGUAUUCCCAGUUCCAAGCUGAGUACAGUCUGGAUCAAGUCAAAGGCUCCAGAAAAGUCUUUGAAUACCUCACUCUACUGCAGUGUUGUCCCACUUCAGAUGGUGCGGCGGCUGCAGUUUUAGCGAGUGAGGCCUUUGUUCGUAAGCACCAUCUGGAAAAACAAGCCGUUGAGAUCCUGGCCCAGGAGAUGGUGACAGAUCUGGCCUCCACAUUUGAUGAAAACAGCUGUAUUAAAAUGGUGGGAUACGACAUGUCACAUACAGCUGCUAAAAAGUGUUUUAAUUCUGCUGGACUGACUCCUAAUGAUAUAGAUGUGGUUGAACUACAUGACUGCUUCUCAGCCAAUGAGCUCAUUACUUAUGAAGCUUUGGGCCUGUGUCCAGAGGGCAAAGCAGGAGAGUUUAUUGACAGAGGUGACAACACAUAUGGAGGCAAAGUUGUGGUCAAUCCAAGUGGUGGUCUCAUUUCGAAAGGCCAUCCUUUAGGGGCCACAGGCCUGGCCCAGUGUGCUGAGCUCUGCUGGCAACUCAGGGGAGAGGCGGGCAAGAGGCAGGUCAAAGGGGCAAAAGUGGCCUUGCAACACAACAUCGGAUUAGGAGGAGCAGUGGUGGUAACUCUCUACAGACUGGGAUUUUCAGAUCAUGCCAGAACACAGAUUUCUGCUGUUCCUACAAGUGCAAGCAACAAUCUGGAAAGUUUUAAAUCUUUCUCUGUCUUCAAAGAAAUUGAGAAACGCCUCCAAGAGGAGGGAGCACAGCUGGUGAAAAAGAUUGAUGGAGUGUUUGCCUUCAAAGUAAAGGAUGGGCCAGGAGGCACAGAUGCCACUUGGAUUGUGGAUGUGAAAAAUGGAAACGGGUCAAUAAGCAAUGAUCCAGCCAUCAAAGCAGACUGCACCUUAGCUGCAAGUGAUGGAGACCUUUUGGAGUUGAUGACGGGAAAGUUGAACCCACAGAUGGCAUUUUUCAAAGGGAAACUGAAGAUCACUGGAAACAUGGGCUUGGCCAUGAAACUGCAGAACCUACAGAUAGCUCCAGGAAAAGCAAAACUGUGACAGCUCAGAAACCUGCAGCUGUUCACUAAAACAACAAGAAUUAUGUGUUUGCUCAUGUCUAAUAUUUCAGAAUUGUGCCUCUAAUUACUGUCUUAUCAAAUCUUUGUGGAAAAUACCAACACUGUUAGAAAUAAGCAUUUUCAUAAUUUUUUAGAAAAUUGUAAUAAACUAAAACCAUAUGUUCUAAUCAGCUAAUAAAUGUCUUUUGCAUUAUUGUUG